AUGAGACGCCACUCGCCGCAGGGCUCCAAUCACCGCGUAACUCCGGACGCCAACAUCACCGCCACGUGCGUCAGAGUCAGAACGGCGAGUCCAAGGACGAGUGACAUCAUCCCAAUGACACUCUCCCGCGGCCUGCGAUGUAAACAGCCUGUGGAGCCCGGGAGGAGGUUACUUACUGUUGAUUGCGGAUUCAUUACGGCAAUUUUGGCGAACUACUUGAAAGUGACGCGCCGUUUCGGUUGCCGCGGCGAGCAGAAGUGUCGGAGUGGCGCCUGUGAUCAUGGCCCGAUCAUACGCCGUGAGGAGGAACUCGGCGAGCUGGAGGUUAGCUCAGCGGAACAACAGCUGACUGCUUUCCUGACGUCCAAGAACAUACAUGUGGACGCGGAUAACAUCGAGGCUUGUCACUCAUUCCCCACGAAGAGUAACAACAUGCCGGCUGUGAUCCUGAAGUUCGGAUAA